GGCCGCGGGGCUGUAGCGGGAGGCCCAGCUCGGUUGUAUGAGGCGGGGAUGGGAUGAGGGCUAUGGGGCCAUCUGCGUUACCGAGAGAGAUAGAAGGACCGAGUUUCACUGAUUCCAACAUGAACGAGAUAAAGGACAGCCUGAAAGCCAUUGAAGACAACUACAAGCUCUUCCUGCAGCAGCAGUUCACGUUCAUUGGAGCUCUGCAACACACCCGAGAGAACGCACACGACUUGAUCAGACCCGUGGCGAGCAUCAGCCAGGUACAGUCCUACAUGGACCACCACUGUAACAACUUAACGGACAGGCGUAUCCUCACCAUGUUCCUAAACAUCUGUAACGACUUGAGCAAUCUCUGCAACAAGCUGGAAACUAUACACCCUGGUAACAACAAAACCAAUGAAAUUCUGGAAAGAUGCAAGCUGCUCCUUAACCACAGCAAUGACAUGAGCACCAUCCGAGCUAAAUACCCCCACGAUGUUGUGAAUCACCUGAGCUGCAAUGAAGCAAGGAACCACUUUGGAGGUGUGGUGAGCCUCAUCCCUGUUGUUCUGGAUGGCGUGAAGGAGUGGCUGUCCAACACUGAGAAGCUGCCACGGCGCACGUGUAACGUGAGUGCUAGACGUGCUGUCUGUGAGAAGAUGGCAUCCCAGGAUGCAGCAGCUAGGGCAGCCAUUACCCCCAAAACACCUUCGGUCCAACCUGAAGCUCAGACCUCAGUUAUUAACAAAGAUUGCGUACAAGUGCAGGGGGAUAAGCAUAUCAGAAAGAAGCACCUGAGUGACAGAGAAAAUCACUGUGGGAAACAUAAAAGCCCCUGGAAACCACCUGGCAGACAUGCCUUUUAAAGGAUCUGAGUUUGUGCGUCUUCCACUUAAACGCCUUUAAUCAGGUGGCUGAUUAAAGAUAGCAAAAUGAA